CGCCGAGCCGUGCCCUCCUUUCUGCUGCUAGAUCCUUCCAGAUACACAUCGCAGCGGCUGCAGCGCUUAGGGCAGGCGAGCGGCUCUGGAGCCGGAGCAGGGAGGGCAGAGCAGGCACUGGAGCCCCAUUGCUCAGCAGGAGGCACGGGGUGGAUGGUGCCGGUCCAGCCGGGGCUGGGUGCGUGGCGGGCAGCAGGCAGGGGCUCGGCACAGGUCGGGUUUGCUGCUCGCCGGCCCAUCUGGCCGCGUCCCCGCGCACCGCAGGGGUGACAAGUGCCAGGGCGGCACCGGCUGGCGCAGGGCUUGGUUGUUGGAUCCGGCCGCGUCGUGGGCGUGAGCCGAGGCUGAGGCUCAGCUGCAUGAGGAUCUGAAGCGUCUCCCCUUUGUUCCCACUGCCGUACCCUGACAAAUGGGAAAGGACCGGAGCUUCUCCCGGCAUUUUCGGAUCUUCAUCCCCAAGAAGCACCGGCAGCGGUUCGACGAGGUGGUGUCGCAGAGCCUCAUCAGCAAGCUCUGCCGCUCCAAGAGCCAGCAGCACAGCCACCGCCUGCGGCGCAGCCGGAGCGAGGACCACCAGGAGCGGCUCCUCGUCUCCACCCGCGCCAGCUCCGUGCCCCGCAGCCACGAGGAGCUCAGCAAGAGCCUGCGCAAAUCCACCUCGCUCCUCACCAGCAAUGUGGCCUCGGGGGCUGCCCGCAGAACUGUGCGGGUCUAUAAAGGCAACAGAAGCUUCGGCUUCACGCUGCGUGGCCAUGCCCCGGUGUGGAUCGAGUCUGUGCUGCCAGGGAGCCCAGCGGAGAAGGCUGCCCUCAAGGCUGGAGACCGGAUCCUAUUCCUCAAUGGCCUGGACAUGAGGAACUGCUCCCAUGACAAGGUGGUGUCGAUGCUGCAGGGCAGCGGGGCGAUGCCCACCUUGGUGGUGGAAGAGGGGAUCGUCAACUUCUCCAACGACUCGGACGCUGCCGACUCCCCGAGCAGCUCCUCCGCGCUCACCUCCCUGCAGUGGGUGGCAGAGAUCCUCCCCUCUAGCAUCAAGAUCCAAGGACGGACCUUCACGCAGCAGCUGGAGCAUCUGCUGACCCCCCCUGAGCGUUAUUCGGUCUGCAAGGCGCUGGAAGGCUUCUUCCAACAUCGGAACAUUGACACUCUCAUUGUGGAUGUGUACCCGGUGCUGGACACACCGGCCAAGCAAGUCAUCUGGCAGUUUAUCUACCAGCUGCUGACCUAUGAGGAGCAGGAGCAUUGCCAGCAAAAGAUUGCCAGGUUUCUGGGUUACAAGUCCUUGGAAGCGGAGCCGGAGGCAGAGGAGCGGUACCGCAGCUCCGUGCGAGGAGCCUCUGUGUGCAGGGGAAGCCUUCGGACCCCCCGCCCCGAGGAUGGGGCCGCAGGCCAGAGCGACACCGUGGAGGUCCCGGUUCGGCUGAUCCCUGGGGAGAGACAGGCUGGAGACGGCACAUCCCUGCCGGAGACACCCAACCCCAAAAUGAUGUCAGCCGUCUACGCAGAGCUGGAAAACCGCCUGCUCAGCAGCUUUGCUGGCAAGAUGGGGAGCACUGCCCGGCACAGAGCAUCGCCUCCUGCGCCGGAGCUGCCGCACGCUACAGGCUCUCGCAAGUCGGUGAUCUCCUGGCCCAGCGACCCGGCGUCGUCCCAGCAGUGCUACUACCGCCUGCACAGCAGCGUGGCCUCCCCGAGCAGCACCGAGUCCAACCCCUACGUCAGCCUCGACAGCAGCCCGGCCCCGUCGCCCCGGCACCGCCACUACGCGCCCAGCCCUCUGUCGCGACGGAAGAAGCUCUUCACCUUCUCCAGGCCCCCGCGCAGCCGCGACACCGACCGCUUCCUGGAUGCCCUCAGCGAGCAGCUGGGGCACCGGGUCACCAUCGUGGAUGAUUUCCUCACCCCUGAGAAUGACUACGAGGAGAUGAGUUUCCACGAUGACCAGGGCAGCUACGUCACCAACGACGUCAGCAGCAGCGAGUACAUCAGCAGCAGCGACGAGGGCAGCUCCCUCACCUACUCCACGCUGUCGGACCACAUCCCCCCCCCGCCGCUCAGCCCCCCCCCUCCACCGCCCCCCUUGCAGUUCCAUGACCCCCAGGCUGUCCCCGCCAAGGCCGAGGCCACAAAGACGGUGCCAGCGCCGGCCCCCAAGUCCCUGCUGAGCCACCUGCAGCCCAUCCCGCCCCCCCCGCCGCCGCCGCCGCCCCCCCCGGUGCCCUGUGCCCCCCCGCUGCACCGCGGGCUCCUGCACCGCCGCAGCGAGUCCAACCACAUGAGCGUCAAGAGGCUGCGGUGGGAGCAGGUCGAGAACUCGGAAGGGACCAUCUGGGGGCAGCUGGGGGAGGACUCCGACUACGACAAGCUCAGCGACAUGGUCAAAUACCUCGACCUGGAGCUGCACUUCGGGACGCAGAAGCCUACGAUUUCUCUUCCAGAGCCAACUCUCAUGCCUGAGAACUUUAAAAAGAAAGACGUGGUUGAGAUUUUGUCCCACAAAAAGGCCUACAACACAUCCAUCCUCAUAGCCCACCUCAAGCUCUCGCACAUGGAGCUGCGCCAGAUCCUCAUGACGAUGGAGACGGACCGGCUGGAGCCUUCCCACAUCAAGCAGCUCCUGCUGUACGCGCCCGAUGGGGAGGAAGUGCAGCGCUUCCAGAGCUACAAGGAGAACCCUGGGAAGCUGAGUGAGCCCGACCAGUUUGUGCUGCAGAUGCUGUCAGUCCCAGAGUACAAGAUCCGCCUGCGCAGCCUGCACUUUAAGACCACUCUGCAGGAGAAGACAGAGGAGAUCAAGGCGAGCUACGAGUGCAUCUGCAAGGCCUCUCUGGAGCUGAAGAGCAGCAAGAAGCUGGCCAAGAUCCUGGAGUUUGUGCUGGCGAUGGGGAACUACCUGAACAACGGGCAGCCCAGGACCAGCAAAACCACGGGCUUCAAAAUCAACUUUCUCACUGAGCUGAACACAACCAAGACCGUUGAUGGCAAAUCCACCUUCCUGCACAUCCUUGCCAAGUCACUCAGCCAACACUUCCCAGAGCUCCUGGGCUUCGCCAAGGAUCUUCCCACAGUGCCGCUCGCUGCCAAAGUGAAUCAGAGAACGCUCACAGCUGACCUAAAGGACCUGCACACCACUGUCAGUGACAUACAGAUGGCCUGUCACAACAUGCCAGCUACCGCGGAGGACAGGUUUGCUGUUGUGAUGGCCUCCUUCCUGGAGAGCGCCCAGCCUGCCAUGCGAUCCCUGGACGAUCUGCAGCACAAGGCCAUGGAGGAAUUCAGCAAGGUGCUGUCCUUCUUCGGGGAGGACUCCAAAAUGACGACUUCUGAGGCUUUCUUUGGCAUUUUUGCAGAAUUCAUGAGCAAGUUUGAGCGGGCACUCAGUGAUGUGCAGGUCGGCGAGAGCCAGCGCAGCCCCCGGAUGACGUCUCCCCUGGCCUGGUGAUGGGCAGCAUCCCAUGAGCCGCAGCGUUCAUUGCCAACCAAGUGCAAUUUGCUCCCGUUGAGGCCGGUUGUACGCCCGCUGCUGCCGCCUGCUCCCACCCAGCACAACAGGGACCGGGGCUCGGGGCAGUCGGGAUGCUGAAAGGGUACCACAGGGGGUGGUGGAUGGGUGCGAGGGUGAGGCACGGGGACAUGAAGGUGAGCACCUCACUGGUCUUGACAAGAGCUUUCCUGGCGUCCUCCAUCCCCAGCUCAUUCCAGGAUUUAGACACCGCUGGGUAAACCCCCCCCAUCUCGUGUUCCCAGAGCAUGCCAUUGCUGGCCGGUGGCAAUGGGAUGCAACACAACCUUCAGAACCCUUCUGGAAGGUCACCGUGGUCCCAGGUGUGAUCCAGUCUGGUUUUGCCAGGCUGUGCUGGAGUAAGGGAAGGCCAGAGUCCGUCCUGGCCACCAGCUUUGCUUAAAGGUGUGUUAGAGACUGGCAGGUCUUGGAAUCAUCCCAAGGGUUUAGCAGCAGCACUACAGGCUUAUCGGAACUCACCAGGAGACACAAACCCCUGGGCAUUCUGGUGCCUCAGGGGCAGAGACCAGUGAGAAAUAGAUCCCUGUCCUAUAUUUGCUCCCAAGGGCUGGAAUCCCCAGAGUCCCUUUCGUGUAUGGCCGCUUGUUCAUGCUGAGUGUACCCAGGGAACUCAGAGCGUGCAGGUCCAACCUUCCAACAGUGUCUGCUUGUUGUUUAGAUGCGGUGUCCCCGGGGUGGAAGGGAAGCAGCAUCCCCUGCUCAGUGCAUGCCCCUCGGGGGGACACGGUGCCCCCAGAGCUUGCCAGCAGCCACGCUCCAGUGCAUUCGCACUGGGAGGCAUCGCUCCGUGCCACCCGCAUCCAUUGCCUUUCAGACCCCACUCGCUCCCACAUCCUGCCCGGUGGAAGACAUAGCAUAGGGAACCUUCCUCCCAUCUCUUGCCACAGCCAGAGCUCCUCCUGCAG